AUGCGAUUCUCGUUUGUACUGAUCUUGGCCAUCCUCGGUUGUGUCCUGCUCCUGGGCAGGGAUGCAUCUGGUGCCACAGCGGCAACAACUGAGGCGUCCACGGCCUCCGCCGCCGCUUCCACCACCACCACCACCGCCUCCUCCGCCUUGACGGCAGCCACUACCGAGGCUUCUGCAUCCGCAGUUCCCGGCACCACCGCGGAGCCCGCCUCUCAUACAACCCUUUCACCAGAGUCCAAGUGGAAGCGCGAGCGUAACCGUCUACUGGCCCGCAUAUCGAGGUUGCUGAGAAAGUGCGCCACACGUAAGAAUAGGCCAAGCGAACAUCGCACUCGCACCAAAGAAGAAAAAAAAACCAAAGAGUAUCGCACACGGAAGACUCACCGUCGCACCUAG